AUAUACUUCUUGCGCUGUUUUUUGGUCUGCUUUUGUAGCCUCACUCUCUACCAUCAUUGUUCCCUCUCCAUUACUCAUAUUAUUAUCCAACCUUCCCCACUUCACAACACUUACAUUUCCAUUAAUCAUUGUCCACCUUCACUCUUCUAAUCAACAAGAUUCUCCAUUUUCCUUUUAUCUUUUUCUUUAAAAAAUUAACCCCAUUUCUUGUUUUUCAUUUUUACCCCAUUUUCAGAAGCAGACAUGGUUGAAGUUGAAAAAACCUUAUGGAUAGACUUGUGUCACACAAUGACAAAAAAGAUGUCUCUUUGGAAUUUCAGCCACAGCUCAAGCAUUUUAUUCCACUAGAGCCUUGUACUAAAUCCAAGAACCAAACCCAUUUUUCUGCAUUGAAAUUUAAGGUUUCAAAAUCCCUUAAAAAUCUUUAUCAUAAAGCUAAAGUCUCAAACUUUGGUAGUAAAAGGUUUGAAUUUGAUGGCAUUGUGAUGACCAACUCUGUUUAUUGUGCUUCUCCUGGUUUUCUUGAUGAUAAAAUGGAGGUUUUGUCUGAUAAUUAUGGGGAAAAUGGUGGAAAGAUUCAGUCUUUAAUGUGUUUGAAUGAAAAGAUGAUAGAUAGAGAGAGCUGUUCAAUUUCUGGUUUUUUGGUGUCAGAGGAAACUGUGAAUGAAGAAGAAGAUAGUGGGUCUGAGGAUUCAUGUUCUCCUUCUUCAAUUGUUUGGCAUAUUGAGGAGAAUGAGGUCCAACAGCACUGUGCAAAUUCUGAUGUUUCUGAAGAAGUAGAGAAACCUUAUGUGGAUAAAAGGAAAUUAGAGAAACAAGGGUCUUGUUUGUCUGAGAUUGAAAUGAUGAAGGAGAGAUUUUCAAAAUUGCUGUUGGGAGAAGACAUGUCUGGUUGUGGAAAUGGGGUUUGCACAGCACUAGCAAUUUCAAAUGCUAUUACUAAUCUAUGUGCUACUCUUUUUGGGCAAAUUUGGAGAUUAGAACCUUUACCUCCAGAGAAAAAGUUAAUGUGGCGUAGAGAAAUGGAAUGGCUUCUUUGUGUUAGUGAUCAUAUUGUAGAAUUGAUACCCUCUUGGCAAACAUUUCCAGAUGGAACCAAGCUUGAGAUCAUGACGUCUAGGCCGCGGUCAGACCUUUAUAUCAAUCUUCCAGCACUUCGUAAACUCGACAAUAUGCUUCUUGAGAUAUUAGACAGUUUCAGAAGCACAGAAUUUUGGUAUGUUGAGCAAGGGAUCUUAGCUCAGGAAUCUGAUGGGUCGUCCUCUUUCAGAAAUCCUCUACCCCGUCAAGAGGAGAAAUGGUGGCUUCCCGUACCUAGAGUUCCCUCCGGUGGUCUCAGUGAAGAUGCAAGAAGGCAAUUGCAGCACAGACGUGACUGCACAAACCAAAUACUGAAAGCUGCAUUGGCUAUUAACAGCAACACCUUAGCGGAAAUGGAUGUGCCCGAGUCAUAUUUAGAAGGCCUUCCUAAGGUACAGACUACAAUUCUUUUAACUGAUGUUUGUAUACUACAAUUCACACAAGGGUUACUCAUUUUGCGAGUUUUCUUAUUUUUAAUAUUGCAGAAUGGAAAAGCUAGCUUAGGUGAUCUCAUCCACAAAUAUAUCACCUCGGAUCAAUUUUCACCUGAAUGUUUGCUGGACUGCCUUGACUUGUCUUCUGAGCAUCAAGCAUUAGAGAUAGCAAACCGAGUGGAGUCCUCAAUUUAUGUGUGGCGCAGAAGAACUCACUCAAAACCUUUGAGUGGUGCGCAUAGGUCCAAUUCAAAGUCCUCGUGGGAAAUGGUUAAGGAUUUGAUGAUUGAUGGUGAUAAGAGGGAGUUGCUUGCUGAUAGAGCUGAAAGCCUUUUGCUUUGCUUAAAGCAACGGUUUCCUGGUCUUCCACAGACAACCUUAGACAUGAGUAAAAUUCAAUAUAACAAGGAUGUUGGAAAAUCUAUAUUGGAGAGCUACUCAAGAGUUCUUGAGAGCCUGGCAUUCAAUAUUAUUGCACGCAUUGAUGACCUUCUUUAUGUGGAUGAUUUGAAUAAGCACUCGGAUCAAUUUGUUCCAAUUUCCAAAGUCGGUAUCAUUGCUCAUAAGAGCAUGGGAACUCCACUCUCAGUACCUGUCAAUGGCACUCCAUACAAAACAGCUUUCACCACACCAAGCUUCUCUCCUUCCCAACUUGUUAGUCCAGCAAAGGGAGAAAGAUCAAAAAUACUCGAUGGGAGCAAGCUGUCCCAUCGCGGGUUUGGUGUGAAAAAAGUUUUGACUGAUUAUUUGAGCGUUGAUUCAAAAGGGAAGGACUUCAGCAGCAGUGAUUUCAAACGAUCAGAUUCAUUUUCAAGCACUACUCAAGAUGUUUCAGCAACCGCGUCUAUAGGCUCUUCAGAAUGUUCAAGAGAAAUUGCCAGUCCAUUGACACACGACUCGCCUGGGAAAGAAUAAUAAAGAUCAGUACCUUGGUUAUAUGAAUGAACUCCUGUAUAUUUUUCUUCUCAAGAAAGAUCCUUUUAUGCAUGCUCUCAUUUAUGUAGAGCCAUGUAUUCGAGUGUGAGAUAGGUUUUAGUAUAUACUCCACUAUUUAGCCUUCAUUUAUCAAGAUAUCUUUAUGGUCAUAAACUUGACGUUCGCUGCUCUUUUACUCUUUAGGUGAAUUCAAUUAUGGGCCAGGCCUGAUAGUAUUGUUAUUGGAUUGUACAGAAGAAUGUAUUAUGCUACUCCAGUAUCAUGUAUAAUUAUCAGCCAGCGGCGCGUAUAUUUGAUUUUUCCUUGUAAUAA